GCGGGCAGCGUCCCACUCAUCCUGCAGAGCAAGAGUGCCAGCUACACCGACCAGGCCUUCUUCAGCUUCGUCUUCUGGCCUUUCAGCCUCAAGCUGCUCUGGGCGCCCUUAGUGGCCGCCGUCUACCUGCGGAGCUUCGGCCGCCGCAAGUCCUGGUUGGUGCCCACGCAGUACGUCCUGGGGCUCUUCAUGAUCUACAUGUCCACCCAGGUGGACGUGCUGCUGGGCGACGGGGAGGGCCGGGGCCCCGACGUGGUGGCCCUCACUGUGACUUUCUUCCUCUUUGAGUUCCUGGCGGCGACGCAGGACAUCGCGGUGGACGGCUGGGCCCUGACCAUGCUGUCCAGGGAGAACGUGGGCUACGCCUCCACCUGCAAUUCUGUGGGCCAGACGGCCGGGUACUUCUUGGGCAACGUUCUCUUCCUGGCCCUCGAGUCGGCCUCUUUCUGCAACAAGUACCUGCGCUUCCAGCCCCAGCCCCGAGGGAUUGUUACCCUCUCAGAUUUCCUGUUUUUCUGGGGAGCUGUCUUUUUAAUUACCACUACACUGGUUGCCCUUUUGAAAAAGGAAAACAAGGAGCUAACACCAACUAAAGAAGAAACAAAAGGCAUCACUGAUACCUACAGGCUGCUAUUCUCAAUAAUCAAGAUGCCAGCAGUUCUUACUUUCUGUCUCUUGAUUCUCACAGCAAAAGUUGGAUUUUCAGCAGCAGAUGCUGUAACGGGACUCAAACUGGUGGAGGAGGGAGUCCCAAAGGAGCACUUAGCUCUGCUGGCGGUUCCAAUGGUUCCUUUACAGAUAAUAUUGCCUCUGAUUAUCAGCAAAUACACAGCAGGCCCCCAGCCACUGAACACCUUUUACAAAGCCAUGCCUUUCAGAUUACUACUUGGUCUGGAGUUUGCUUUUUUGGUAUGGUGGACUCCUAAAGUCAAACAUGAAGGAGGAUUCCCUGUCUACUACUAUGCUGUAGUAUUGCUGAGUUAUGCCUUACACCAGAUCACGCUGUACAGCAUGUACGUCGCGAUAAUGGCUUUCAACGCCAAGGUCAGCGACCCGCUGAUUGGAGGGACCUACAUGACGCUCCUCAACACCGUGUCCAACCUGGGAGGGAACUGGCCUUCCACUGUGGCACUCUGGCUUGUGGACCCGCUCACAGUGAAGGAGUGUUCAGGGGCCCAGGAUCAUACCUGUGGAACUACGCUUGCUGCAGAACUCUGCACGAAAGCUGGUGGCUCCUGUGUCACCACCCUGGAUGGUUACUAUGUGGAAUCCCUCAUCUGUGUCCUCCUAGGAUUUGGCUGGUGGUUCCUGCUCGGGCCCAAAUUUAAAAAGCUACAGGACGAAGGACCGUCUUCGUGGAAGUGCAAGAGGACCAACUGAUGCAGUCUGAAUACUGGAUGGACUAGCAAGGUUGUUUUAGUUUUGUGACAAAGACAUAUCCCAUAAUCAAUAAACAGGAAUAUAGGUAUUUUUAAAUGCCACAUGGCUGAAAAAAGGGGUGGCUGAGAUGUUGGUAUGUUUGUAUGCGAUACCACUUGCCCUCCUAGUAUGAAAAUGUAAGUUCAGAA